AUGGAAGAGAAAAAAGGCAAAAAGGCAAAAGAGAAGGCCGAGCAGAUUCCCAAGCAAUUCUUUGACGGCAAGACCUACGCCUGCCAGUCAUGCAAGAAUGGCCAUCGGGUACGCACAUGUAACCAUGGUCGCACAAAACCAAUUGCACCCACAAACCAGCCUGGACGACCCUCCAGUGGCUCCAAGCGAAAAUGCACCUGCCCGAAGAACUGCGGCUGCAAAGACAACUGCAAAUGCGGUCGUGACUGUCUCUGUGUACAGAAGAUGUACCUCAUCUGCCUUGUUAGUAAGCCGGACGCAAAAGAUGUCCCCCGGACCAAUAGCCCAAAGCCACCAGUCUGGGAGAAUGAGAGGGGGCAGUCUGAGACCCUCAAAACAGUUUGGGCCGAUGCCAGUGGGCAGCUUCUAACCGACAACGAGGCCCAGCGGAGGCAGCGGGAGAAGGAACAAAGAGAGCAAGGUCAGUCAGGAGGGUGCUGUUCCACUAAGCAGCCGGAAGAAGAAAUCGCAAAACCCGCUCCAAAGGGCGGCUGUCGACACCGUGAUGCUGUUAAGCAAGAGCAGGCAACUCCGACCCUGGACCGCACAUCACUCGCUCCUUCAACGACAAGCCGAUGUACUUGCGGUACGGCCUGUCAAUGCACGCUUUGUCCAGAACAUCCCAACAACGCUGCCACGCGUCAAUACAAUGCUCAAACUCUGAACCUUAUGGCGACUCAACACAAUUACCUCCCCGCACCUUCGAUGAUGAGCGGCUCAAUGUAUACUCCCGACGUUCCGCAAGAAUCAUGUAUGGGUGGUCAGCCAAGGUUCUUUCUCAGCCGGAACAAACCUACACAGCAAGACUUUCAGAACUUCUUUCCCAGUGCUAUGAGCGGAGAUUAUGUCAUGUCUUAUCCCGUUGAUCAGUGGGGCGCGCAGUCUCCGUUGCAGUCUCCUCCUACAAUGCCGCUACAGCAGUAUCCAGACCCUCAACCAGAAGCGCAAAUGAUCCCUGAUUUACCAGCCGAUACCCUUGAUUUCGACAACCAAUUUAUGAGCAUGAACAUGGACUGGACAUCACGACAGCAGGAUGAUAUGUGGGAGAUGCGCCUAGGUGACGCAAGUGUUGAUCAGAUUUCGCAGUUCCCUACGUUAGGUCCUGCACCUACACCAAACAUGCAACUGCCUGGCAUCAAUGGUUUUCAACACCUAUCUCCAGACCCAGCCGGCUUCCAUUCGUACGAACAUGGCUUUCAGCAUCCUGGGGCGACUGGCGUGUCAAGUCCUGACGCCUUUUCCGUAUCCAUGUCAGCCCUCUCUUCACCACCUCCAAUGCCUUCUUCCUACGCCUCUUUUGCCGCCACUCCUGAUAUCAAUUUCAGCGAGCAUAAUAGCAACGUCGCAACUCCAGUGAGUCAACCACGGUCGCAAUCAGGAAGUUGUUGUGGUGGAUCGAGGACCUACUCCCCUGACGAUACGACCAUGUUCGAUGUCACCUUGCCAAACAUGCCACUUUCUCCGAUUCCUUCUCCAAGGAUGGUUCAGACGGGUCCAGCCGUCUAG